AGCAUUCAGCUAACAAAAGGGUGAGCAAAAGCGAAGUGAUUCGACAUGGAAGCUACUCGGAGGCAUUUUGUUUUGGUCCAUGGAGCCUGUCAUGGAGCAUGGUGUUGGUAUAAGGUGGCAACUCUGCUGAAAUCUGCUGGCCAUAAAGUUACAACAUUGGAAAUGGCUGCUUCUGGGGUUCACCCCAAGCAGGUGGAUGAUAUCCCUUUAUUUUCGGACUACUAUGAGCCCUUGACGGAAUUCAUGAAGACUUUGCUGCCAGACGAGAGGGUUAUUCUAGUAGGUCACAGUUUGGGUGGGCUUUGCUUAUCUGCUGCUAUGGAGAGGUUUCCUGAAAAAGUUUCUGCUGGAGUAUUUGUGACAGCUUAUAUGCCAGGCCCUGACUUCAGUUACGUCACUUUAAAGGAAGAGUUUGAUAGACAGUUUAAUUCCUUCAUGGACACGGAAUUUAUGUUUGACAAAGGAUCAAACUACCCUCCAACCUCCAUACGACUUGGACCAAACUGUUUAGCAACAAACUUGUACCAGCUCUCUCCUACUGAGGAUCUAACUCUUGCUACUCUGUUGAUGAGACAUUUGCCAUUCUAUGAAAACAUUGCUGUACAAGAUACAAUAACGGUCACCAAAGAGAAAUACGGGUCCGUUCCUCGAAUUUUCGUUGUGUGUGACCAAGAUUUGAUAAUGACUGAGGAUUUUCAGAGGUGGAUGAUCAAGAACAAUCCGCCGGACGAGUUAAACUUUUCAUUAAAUGAGAAAGCCACCAUAGCCUCCUUAUCUCAACGUAUUUGGCAGUUUACUAUUUAUUUGAUCAAGAUACUUCUCACAGAGUUGCCAAUUGGAAUUAACGACCGGGGACCAGUCCAAGGUCCCCGUCACUUAGUACAAUGUGGAUGUGGUAUCUUCUAGACAUCUAUGAAUAACUUUAUCUUCUUGAAAAUUAGUAUACAGCCGAAACUUGUAUGAUUAAAAUAGAGUUUUUCGUUGAUAGUAUAAAAGU